GUCAUUCCGAGACAGCCAGGAGAAGAGGCAGAGGAAGCGAACCAUGGCUGCUUCACCACCCCAGAAAAUCAACUGGCAGCUGAACGCCAACCGGCAGGCGCAUCACACAGACAAGUACUUCACCCAAGAUCUCGUGCUGCGGAGAGGCCAACCUUUCCGAAUGACCAUGAGCCAAGACAUGGGUCCUGCAGAGAGCCUGGUGUUUGUCGCCUCCACAGGACCUAACCCCUCAGACUCGGCCCGGACCAGAGCCGUGUUUUCACUCUCCAACGACAGGAAUAAUAGCGGCUGGAGUGCGCAGCUCGUGUCCAAUGAGAACAACGCUUUGGAUAUCUCCAUCUCCAUUCCUGCCAAUGCUCCCAUAGGCUGGUACACGCUGAACCUGCAGGCCGGUGGCUCCCCUAUGAAACUUGGGACAUUCGCAGUGCUCUUUAACCCCUGGUCGCAAGCCGAUGGCGUCUUUAUGAAUAAUCAAGCUGAGAGGGAAGAGUAUGUUCAGCAGGAUGCUGGCAUCAUCUAUGUGGGAAGUGCAAAUCGAAUCAGCAUGGUUGGCUGGAAUUAUGGACAGUUUGAAGAAAACAUCCUCAACAUUUGCCUCUCUGUCCUGGAUCACAGUCUGAAUUUCCGCCGUGACCCCGCUACUGAUGUAGCCCGCAGAAAUGACCCCAAGUACAUCGGCCGGGUGCUGAGUGCAAUGAUCAAUGGCAAUGAUGACAAUGGUGUGCUUGCUGGAAACUGGAGUGGCAACUACACCGGAGGCGUGGACCCGAGGAUCUGGAACGGCAGUGUGGAGAUCCUGAAGGAAUGGCGAAGCAAUGGCUUUAAGCCAGUUCGAUUUGGCCAGUGCUGGGUCUUUGCUGGGACUCUCAACACAGUGCUGCGGUGUUUGGGGAUUCCCUCCAGGGUGAUCACCAACUUCAACUCUGCUCACGACACUGACCGGAACCUCUCAGUGGAUGUCUACUAUGAUGCAUCUGGCAGGCCGGUAGAAAGAAGCAGUGACAGUGUGUGGAACUUCCAUGUCUGGAAUGAGUGCUGGCUUGUGCGGACUGACCUGGGCCCCGCAUACAAUGGAUGGCAGGUUCUGGAUGCCACACCCCAGGAGAGAAGCCAAGGGGUGUUCCAGUGCGGCCCUGCCUCUGUGAACGCCGUUCGAGAGGGUGACGUGAACCUGGACUUCGACAUGCCCUUCGUCUUUGCGGAGGUUAAUGCUGACCGCAUCACCUGGAUCUAUGAUGCCACCACUGGUACCCAGAAAAAGAAUUCCAUGGACACGCGCUCCAUCGGCGUUUACAUCAGCACCAAGGCUGUGGGCAGCAACUCCCGCAUGGACGUAACGGAGAAGUACAAGUACCCAGAAGGAUCUGGCCAGGAAAGAAAAGUGUUUGAAAAGGCUCUGGGGAAACUGAAACCCAAUGACAGGUUUGGCCCCACGUCCGCUGGGGGCAGAGAAGAUGAGGAGCGGGAGCCCAGCAUCUCGGGCGUGUUCAAGGUCACGGGCGUCCUGGCCGUGGGCAAAGAGGUCAACAUGGCCCUCAUCCUCAAGAACCUGACGAGGGACCUGAAGACUGUGACAGUGAACAUGACGGCCUGGACCAUCGUCUACAAUGGCACCCUGGUACACGAGGUGUUUAAGGAUUCCAUCACCGUCUCCCUGGACCCCGAGGAAGAAAUCCAGCACCCUGUGAAGAUCACCUAUGCCCAGUACCAGAAGUACCUGAAGGCUGACAACAUGAUCCGGACCACGGCCGUGUGCCAGGUCACCGACGAGAGCGAGGUGGUGGUGGCAAGGGACGUCAUCCUGGACAACCCCACGCUGACCCUGGAGGUGCUGGACGAGGCCCGGGUGCGGAAGCCCGUGAACGUGCAGAUGUUGUUCUCCAACCCACUGGACGAGCCGGUGAAGGACUGUAUACUGAUGGUGGAGGGGAGCGGCCUGCUCAGAGGCAACCUCAAGAUCCAGGUGCCUGCUCUGCGCCCCAAGGAGAGAUCCCGAGUGCGCUUCGAGAUCAUGCCCACUCGGAGUGGCACCAAGCAGCUCCUGGCUGACUUCUCCUGCAACAAGUUUCCUGCCAUCAAGGCUAUGCUGUCCAUCGAUGUGGCCGAGUGAAGGGCCACGGUGGCCCCCCCGCCCCAUACAAACUUGGGUUCCGCAGAGCAGGCGGGGUUUGCCUGUGGCGUGAGCCCCCCUGUCCACGCUCUGCAGCCUGGGAAACCCACCUC